AUGGGCGUGAGAGAGAGCGCGAGAGAGAGGAGGGGGUGUUCCCCCCCUCCUGUGGUGUGCGCGCGGGGGGCGGGGUCGAGCCGGGCCGCGGCCGGCGGCGCCCGGAGUUGGUUGUUGCGCGCGGUCGCAGCCCCUGUCCCGGCGGUUGGUGCCUGCCUGAGGGAACCGAUCCCCCGGAGCCCCCGCAGCGCCGCCGCCUCCCCUCUCCGCCUGCCCGCGGGAGGGGCCGCGGAGCCCCUGCCAGGUGAGCGGCCGGUCCGGGCGCGGGGUGUGGAGGGGGUGAUGGCCCCUUGCGCUCUGAGGGGAGGCCGCCGGCGGCUCGGGUUUCCUCCGCGGGGCCCCGGCCGGGGGCAGGAGGAAGGGGCCGCGGCGGGCCGGGAAGGGGGGUCACUCCCGCUGUGCCUGAGGGGGUCCCGGGGGCGCCCUCCCCCACAGCGGGCGGCGCUGGUCGCUGUCUGCGCCCGGAGCGUCCGGCUGGCGCCGGCAGCCUCCCCGCGGCCCCCCGCGGGGCUGUGCGACGCCUUCGCCCCCUCCGCAGCGGAGCGCCCGUGGGUCUCCUCCCGCAGCCCCCUGAGCUCGGGGGGAAGUUGUGCGUCGGGACCCCGCGCCCCGCGGCUGGGGAGCGCUGCGCGGCUCGCGGGCGAACACCUUCUAGGAACUGCCCGGUAA